AUGGAUAAUGAAUGGCUCAAAUAUAUGAAUGAAGAAUAUCUUGAUCCUGAUAUUGAUUAUGAAAUAUUAAAUAACAAUGAAAGCUAUCUUGAAAAUGUAGCACUAAAUUAUGCAAAAACUUUUGCAACAUCCACUCUUGAAGAUUUAGAACAAGAUGAAAGGGAUAUUAAUUAG